GUCUUUACGAACGUCGCUUCUCUAAGAAUUAUUCUGAAGGCUGGCAGUGGUGACGUGACCGAUGGUUCAGUCCUCAUUCAAUGAAAUAUCAAAUUCUGAACUUUUGUAUUGAAUUUUCCAAAAUAUGGGCCCUUUGUGGUCCAUUUUCCUAUUCUGCCUAUUUGCUGCUCUCGGCGUAGAGCUAGCAGAAGGGCGGGCGAAGAUUUCGGACGUGGAAUUUCUUGAUAUGGAUCGCGAUUUGAACUCGAUGAGCAAUUAUGAGAUAAUAACCUACGGUGACACAUUGUAUUUACGGAUGGCAAAGGCUCAAGGUGCCACAGAGGUGGUUGCCUAUUUCACUGAAAAUCUAAAGGAACGAAAGAUGCCCAUCUCAAUGGAAGACAUAAAUGCACUUUUAGAUGAGAUGACCAAGAAAUUCAUAGAUCCAGCGUUAAAAACACGAGAUCGAAUGGAAGUUGUCAAUACCGUGUGGAAUAAACGCGCCAACACCACCAAUAACUGGGCAAAAUAAGACGAGUGAUCAUCGUUAGACCCCCUUCUCAUUAUUUAUACAUUUCGACAAACGCUAAAGUAAAGACAUUGUAAAAAAUAAAAUUUUACCAAUCUUC